AUGCAGAGAUCUAUCUUCGGUUCUUUUGCAAGAUAUGUUCGUAGGUUUCUCGUCUGCGACCGGUUCUGUUGUGUCGGAACAUUUUGUUCUUGGGUGGAGUUUCCAGGUGAAGGGGAAGCUCCACCGUUGGCAUUAUCGGAAACUUCCGAAUCUUCCGAGGUUUGGGCCCACCAAAAUACAGAGGUUCUACAAGAACGGAUGCCGUAUGCCCUCUUGUUGAUUCCUGUCUUGUUUAUUAUCUUGCUCGUAUUCCUGGUGCGAUUCAUUGUGAGGAGGAGGAGGAAGUUCGCCGAGGAGAUCGAAGAUUGGGAAACAGAGUUCGCCAAGAUUCGAAUGAAGUUCAAGGAUUUAUACUAUGCCACCAAAGGGUUCAAGGAGAAGGCCUUCUCGGAUCGGGCGGGUUUGGGAGCGUUUACAAAGGUGUCAUGCCCAAGACGAAGAAGGAAGAUCGCCGUGAAAAGAGUCUCGAACGAAUCCCGACAAGGGUUGAAAGAGUUUGUGUCUGAGAUCGUGAGUAUUGGUCGGAUGAGUCACCGGAACUUAGUCCCUCUCUUGGGUUAUUGCCGCCGGAAAAACGAGCUUCUUUUGGUGUACGACUACAUGCCCAAUGGAAGCUUAGAUAAGUAUUUGUAUAAUAGUCCAGAGGUAACCCUCGACUGGAAACAGAGCAACGUCUUGUUAGAUGCGGAACACAAUGGGAGACUCGGAGACUUCGGUUUAGCUCGGUUGUGCGGUCACGGUACGGAUCCUCUAACCACGCACGUCGCUGGAACAUGGGGAUACUUAUCCCCCGAUCACAUCAGGACAGGAAGGGCCACGACUGCAACCGAUGUUUUUGCGUUUGGGGUGCUCCUACUUGAAGUGGCGUGCGGCAGACGUCCUAUCGAGUAUCAGAACGAUAGUGGUGAGAGGGUCUUCCUCGUGGAUACGGUUUUUGGAUUUUGGAAUGGAGGAAACAUUUUGGAUGCCAAGGAUCCCAAUAUAGGGUUUGAGUGUGAAGAAAGAGAAGUCGAGAUGGUAUUGAAGAUAGGUUUGUUGUGCUCUCACUCCGACCCACAUGCUAGACCAACUAUGAGACAAGUGUUGAAUUACCUAAACGGAGAUGCAACGUUACCAGAUUUGUCACCGUUGGACUUGCGUGGGAACGGGAUAAUGUUGGGAAUUCACCACAGAGUUACUGAGUUAGUUUUGUCUAACGGUGGAUCUUCAAUGGUUGACUCGGUACUCUCCGGCGGAAGAUGA